GAUGUUUUUGACUUCCCGUAAGCACCGCGACGCCGCAGUGAGGGGAUGCGGGCUCCCUCAGGGCAGAGCCGUUGCCUUUCAACUUCGAAUCCGGCGGGGGCAAACCGCCCUUAUAACGGACCCCCCUAGGAGCGGGCUCGGCAGCCUAAUCCUAGAUCCCCCCUUCCCACGGGGGUGAUGGAAGAAGACAGUAAACGCCCCGGGGAUACCGGGGGAUCCCCCAUCCCAGCCCGACGGGGCCCUACAGCGCCAGCCCCGCCCCGCCAGUUACCGGCGGCCCCGCCUCGGCGAGCGCCCCCUGCUGCCCGGCGGGUGGCGCGGCGGGGCGGCGGCCGGCGGUGGCGGAGCGGUGCGGAGCUGGGCGCGGAGGGGCGCGCAGGUGUGCGCGGAGGCGGUGAGCCUGUUCGGUUCGGGUGCGGGGCUAUGCAGCAUGGCCGAGCUGCUCGGCGCGCCGCACCGUACCACCGGCUCCACCUUGCUGCACCCGCUGAGCGGGCUGCUGGGCAUCCCGCUGGACCAGAUCAAUUUUGUAGCCUGUCAACUCUUUGCACUUCUGGCUGCAUUUUGGUUUCGUAUUUACUUGGGUCCCAGUCAUGCCAGCUCUGCUGUUCGCCAUGCAUUUGCCACCCUCUUUGGGAUAUACUUUGCUGUCUUCUGCUUUGGGUGGUAUUCCAUUCAUCUUUUUGUCCUGGUGAUGAUGAACUAUGGCAUUAUGAAUAUGGCAAGUAUUCCCAACAUCCACAGGUACUCCUUUGUUGUAGCUAUGGGAUACCUCACGUUGUGCCACAUAAGCCGAAUAUACAUAUUUCAUUACGGUAUUCUCACUACAGAUUUUUCCGGGGAGCAGUGAUGUACAAGCUGUGUAUCACACUAGUAUCUCUCAUUUUAUUCUUGACACUUACCAAGAGCUUUCCUAUGGCAUAUAUUAUUGAUAACGAAUUUCUUGAUAAAACACCCUUCUUGUCAAGACUUGGUUACCUGUAUGUUGUAGCACAGGCAGCAAAACCAAAGUAUUACUUUGCAUGGACAUUAGCAGAUGCAGUCAACAAUGCAGCUGGUUAUGGAUUCAGUGGAGUUGAUGACAGAGGCACUUUCUGCUGGGACCUGUUGUCCAAUUUGAAUAUCUGGAACAUUGAGACUGCAACGAGUUUUAAAAUGUACAUUGAAAACUGGAACAUUCAGACAGCUGCCUGGCUAAAACGUGUCUGCUAUGACAGAGCUCCCUGGUACCCUACAGCUUUAACAUUUAUCCUGUCUGCCCUGUGGCAUGGUAUCUAUCCUGGAUAUUAUUUUACGUUUCUCACUGGAAUCCUUAUCACGCUUGCAGCCAGAGCAAUAAGAAACAAUUUUAGACAUUACUUCUUAUCUUCAGUGCCUCUCAAGAUAGCCUACGAUGUUGUCACCUGGGUUGUCACUCAACUGGCAGUGUGCUAUACUGUUGCACCAUUUGUUAUGCUGGCUGUUGAGCCCACUAUUAAGUUUUACAAGUCUAUGUAUUUUCACAUGCACAUUCUGAGCAUCUUGGUGUUGCUCUUGCUGCCAAUCAGACCUCAAGCUCACUCCAUAAGAAAGGCUCAGAAUCAGGCCAUGCUGAACUCUGUUAAAAGAAAAGACAAAUGAUGACUACAAGGAAAAUUGCCAACACUGGGAAAUCAAGCUGUCAUAUUGGAAACAAAAAAGAAGGAAACUGGGUGGGAUAAGGGUCAAACUACGAGACAAGUGGCAUUUCUAUUGCUUAUCUUAAAAUCUUACUGGACAGGGCAGAAAAGAGCCUGAAUGACUACAUUUCAAAUUAUUCCAGUUAACAGAGAUUUUACAGGCAAUGUUUACAGGCUCCUUGGGCAUUUUGACUUUUUUAAUAAAUAUUUUUAUGAAGUGUUUUUAUAUAUUUAA